CUAUUUCUCUCUCUCCCUCCCUCGCUAUCCUCUCCUAUCACCACUCCUCACGCAAUAUCCCACACUACCGCCAUAUUGAACUCUCUGUUUCCCACCAAAGAAUCCGUCUCCGAUCGUCGUCUUCUUCGUGUUUCUUCUUCUUCGUGUUUUGCCUCCAUUUCCCGUUUUGUUCGUAAAUAGGAAACAAAGCUGCAAGUUUGCAGAAUCAUUUGGAAAAAAUUCCAUGAAGCAGUUGUUCUCUUUCCGAGUUCAAAUCCCACCUAGGUUGGAGGUGAUCAAAAGAGGUGAGUGUUGGGAGAAUGGCCCCUAACAACCCUCUGUCAAUAUGGGGCAAUGAGAAGACGAUGAACCUUAAUACUUUAAUCCUGACCAACAUACAAUCAUCCCCUUACUUCAAGGUCAAUCUCUAUGAACUGAAAACUUACCAUGAAGUGAUAGAUGAGAUCUAUUACAAAGUGUCGCAUUUGGAACCAUGGGAGAAAGGAAGUCGGAAGACUGCUGGACAGACUGGAAUGUGUGGUGGGGUGCGAGGCGUCGGAGCUGGUGGUAUUGUUUCCAGUGCGUUUUGUCUCCUCUAUAAACUGUUUACUUUGAGAUUGACCAAAAAACAAGUGAAUGGUUUAAUCAGUCACCAAGACUCCCCUUACAUCAGAGCCCUAGGGUUCAUGUACAUCAGGUUUACUCAGCCACCUCAGGAAUUAUGGGAUUGGUUUGAGCCAUAUCUGGACGAUGAAGAGGAAAUUGAUGUGAAGGCCGGUGGAGGUCACAGUAUGACGAUCGGUGAGAUGCUGCGUCAUUGGUUGACCAAAUUGGAAUGGUAUUCAACCCUGUUCCCUCGCAUUCCUGUACCCACACAGAAGGAUCUCGAUGAGAAAAUGAAGGCCAGGGCUUUCUCAAUGAACCAAAUGAACGACACCACCAGCAAGGCCCCUGGUUUGUCAACUGCAGAGGAGGUGGUUGCCGAGGUGGAUGAAGACUGGCACAAUGUGGAACAACCUGUGGAGAGUAAUAGUAAGAGUGCAAGGUCACCAGAGAGAAGGCGUUACGACCGACCCCGCGAUAAGCUGCCCUCCUCUUCCUCUUCCUCUCACCAGAUGAGUCCCUUGAGCAAAGUCGGUGACAAGAAUCGAACGUCGCACUCACCCCAUGGCAAGUCUCCACGCAGCCGUUCCCCGCACAGCCGCCGGUCGUCCCCGCACAGGAAGUCACCCUCCAGUUCCAGCCACAAAUACUCGUCAUCGCAACAGCAACAGUUGUCAUCGAUGGACGACUUUGCUGUGGAGCUGGCCCGGGAGCGGGAGCGGCAGAGGCGCGAAAGGGAGAGGGAACGCAAUGGUCGACAUAAAGACCACCACCAACAGCAGCAGCCGCAGCAGCAACAACAACAACAACAGCAACAGUCUCAUCAUCAUCAUCAUCGCCAUCAUCACCAUCACCACCGUCAUCACAGUUCAAAAUCUAAAGACUCUCAGAAGGUCAGUAGCAAUUCAAGCCCCUUGAAAGGUGCUGGCAUGGUACCUUCUGUGCCGAAGGAGCGACGAGCUUCUUCCCGCAGCCCCUCCCCUGCCCUUGCCGCUAGAUCUCACAGCAAGAAGAAGAAACAUUCCAGAAAGUCUCACUGCAAAGACAGGAAACGUUCCAAGUCUCCGAGUGACACCAAAGAACAGAAGCGAGCCAAACGCUCGACGCAAUCCCGGUCUCAUUCCCGAUCUCGGUCAACUAUGGAGGACAAUGGUCACCAUAGCAACAGCAACAACAACAACACUGGUGAUGGCGAUGAUGGCAAGAGUCGGUCACACCACAAAAAGGAACACUCGUCAUCUGAAAGGGGCCGAGAGAAAAAGGCCAAGAAAAAGAAACACUCUAAGAGCAAAAGUAAAGAAAACGGUGAAUAUUACGCUUGACUGAGCGAGGGGGUGAGGACGGGGGGGUGUCCUUGCUGGUGGGUUUAGUUCUGUGGAGGGUCAGUUGUCCAGCUAUGUUCCACCUACUGGCUGCAGAUUGCUGUCACAGUUAAAAGAAAUGCCCACUGCAUGUGUGUGUGUGUGCGUGUUUGUAUCCAUGUAGACGUGUUCCUCUGUGUUCCUCAUAUCGAUGCUGUCUAUUGCAGUUAAGGGCUGGAGGUGAGUGUGUCCCUGCUGAUGUGUGAUUGAUAACCUAUGUUCCCUUAUUGGCUAUUAACGCUGCCUUAGUUAAGGGCAUGUACCCCCUUGCUUGUAGCUGUUCAUUUUCUACACAGCAGUAGUCUUCUGUGUGGCUUGUAUAUGUGUGUAUGAUAAGAGUUAUGUGUGUGUGUAUGGUUGUAGUUCUAUGUGGUGGUGUGGUUGCUAUUCCCACCAGCUGUUAAUAGUGUCCCUAUUUUAGGGACCCUCCUGCUAGGGGCCACAGUUGGUAAGCGUAAUGAUAUGUGUGUCUAUGGUUGUUUAGAUGUUUGAUGCCCUGAUAGGCAAGUAGGGGUCACAGAGCAUGUGAAAGUGAGUGGAUGGAAAAGGGAUUCUGUUUGUAAUUAUGUGUGUGUGUGUUGAUUAGUUACAGAAUUCAUUAGAAUCUGGGAUCAGCAACACGUAGGAUGUUGGGACUGGCUGGGUACCUUAACACUGAGUUCAGUGAGGUAAAAACAACCACAGGUUAUUGUUUAUGUUAUAUGUAUGUGUGUGUAUAUAUAUAUAUAUAUAUAUAUACACUUAUGUAUCUGAUAUAAACCAAAGAUCAGCUCAGGGUUGGUUCUACGUGCGGCGUAGAUAUAAAAAGAAUAAACCCCAUUUGUGUUAUUCUUUAUAUCUAUAUUUAUAUAUGUGUAUAUAUACAUACAUACAACAUGCAGAAAUAUUAGACACACACACACACAUGAAUAAGCGUAUGUCUAUCAAUACCCAAUUCUCCCUUAAAGGGUUACUUAUGUGUGUAGCAAAAGAGACAGUUAAGUGCAGUUGUGUGUGUCAGGUGUCAGGUUUGCAAUCUUUAGGUCAGGUCAUUGGGUUCAAUUCUCAGGCGAGGUGGUGUAUUGUAUCUUGAAGCAGUCCACUCAGCUGUAAAUGAGUCCCAGUGAGAACUGGUCAAGGAUGUGUAUACAUGCAUAUAUAUACACACACAUACACAUACACAACUGUUGAACAUUUUCAACGGGCAACACUUCACAGCAUCAUAAAAACAUCAUCAGAUUAGUGUUUGCAUUACACACACACAUACUUAUUGAGAUUAAUAUAUAUUUGUGUGCAUACAAACACACACACACACACACACAUUACCAAGCUGUGGCCGACCACUGUUGGGUGUUGUAUUUAUUUAAGUGUAACUGUGGAUGUAAGAGAUGGUGUAGACCUGCCUUGUGAAUAGAGGUACUCUGCAAUGCAGGGUACCUCCCAGGUAGGGUCAGGGUAUCUCCAGACACUUGGGGCGCCAUUUCAUUUCUUGUGUCCGCAUUACAGUGAAUUCGUGCAGUAUAUGUUAACAAUUGUGUGUGUUUGUAUGUUUAUACAGAUGCUAUGCUGUACUACAAAAUAUACAUAUAGGUUUUUGGCCAACACUGUGAAAACGUCUGAUGUAUAAAAAAUAUUUUCUUUUUACACAAGUCUUCUUGGACACAAAAGAUGGGAUUAGCUAAAUUGGUUUCAAUCCCAUGCUGGGAUUUCUAUCACUGGCUGAAUACCAUUUCUAACUGUGUGUAAAGAUGCUGUGUGUGCACCCAAGAUCUCUUCAGAUUGGUGUUGGUUGAAGAACUCCGGAUUUGUUCUAUGGUUUGGCAUAGCGUUUGAGACAACACAUUUAACACACCAGUAAUUUAUUCAAAUAUAUAUAUAAAUAUGUGUGUGUGUGUUUAUAUAUAUAUCAUAUUCUUUUACAAGAAUAAUGUUAAUGGUGGCUGUUAAGUUUUGGGCAUGCUGAGCUUUCAUUGGACUUUUUGAUGAAGGCUAAGCAGGUGAAAACUUUGAAGUCACCGUCAACACUCUUCUUGUAAAAGGAUAGUAAAUCUGUACUCCACAAAAACUACCGAGUAAUUCUUUGGUAAUUUGAAAUUGGUUUCAUUAUAAGUUGACUGAAAAACAAUCAUUAAUAAUAUAUAUAUCUCUGUGUAGGUACGUGAGUGAAAAAGCAAGAUGGAGAAGAUAGGACUCAGCUAACCAAAAGUUGAGCUUGAUGGAAGCUGAAAGACUGGUCGUGUGGAAGUUGGAGGAAUGCUUUGUGAAGCUUUCCAGUUUCAUUUGAAUUGUGUGUGUGUGUGCGAAUGAGCUGCUCAGCCUGUUGACCAUUGCCCCACAAGCUACUACUCUGGUUGGUGACAUAGUAUAAUGUAAUAGUGUGGUGCAAGGAAGGGAGAUGGUGGGGGGGUGGGGGGCAGAGAGCUUGUUGUUGUUUUUUUGUCUUUGUCUGCGUGAGAGAUUCAACUUUUACAGAGACCUGUGAAGGAAACAACAAAAACUGGUGACAA